AUGAACAAGCGUAGACGCAUUGGAGACACACUCGACCCCACCACCACCACCACCACCACCACCAUCGCAGAGGGCGGAAGCAAUCGCCAAAACGCCAUCGACCUGACCACGCCGCCCCGCUAUCCCCGCCAGUUCCAUCGAAUUCCACUUUCUUUCCCACAACGCGAACGACUCUACAUGAACCUACGUCCGAGCAUGGCCACACCAAGCAGCACCCCAACCCGCGAUGGGGCAGAGACUCCCACGCCGCCGGCAUGGCAGCCCGACGCUGCCGUGGACGAGUGCCCCGUCUGCCACACAGUCUUUGGGCUUUGGACCCGUAAGCACCACUGUAGGAAGUGCGGGCGUGUCGUCUGCGCUGCCUGCUCUCCCCACCGCAUCACCAUUCCUCGCCAGUACAUCGUUACCCCCUAUGAUACCCCUCACCACAGUGAGCUGGGAGGCGGCGAGGUGGUGAGGGUAUGCAACCCGUGCGUACCAGAUCCAUGGGUACCACCACUUUCUCCAAAUCCCACUACCGCAGUCGCACCGGCGAGUGCUACUGUCGAUAUACCACACCCACCARCUCCCACGAGAUAUCGAUCGGGAAUGCAUCCCUCGCAACGACCAAGAUCCAAUACCUAUCAGGACUUGCGAGCACCUAGCUAUAACAACAGCAGCCGCAUAAAUCCCAGCUCUUCAAUGGCGCCCAUAUCGAGCAGUGCAUAUCUAGCUGCUCGUCACCGUCGUCACAACAUGGGACCCCCCAGCGCAAGUUCAUYUGCGCCUUCCGGACCACCAAUGCAGCCUCCACCACCACGACCCCGCAGGGAAAUAGCAGAAGAAGACGAAUGUCCGGUAUGUGGCUGUGAGCUACCACCUGGGGAGAGUAACCGUGAAAACCACGUCCAGGCUUGCGUAAUCUCCAGAUUCUCCACAUCCUCCGGGUCUCCCAGCAAUAACACCCCUGUUGCACGACCUGGUGGUGAGACUCUGAGCAACCCUCUUCCACUACCUCCAUAUCGUCCCCGUGGAAUGGCAGUGUUUCAUGCCACGGAGAAAGAUUGCAUAGCAGAAGAAGACGGCCGCUUGCCAGAGUGCCAGAUCUGCCUAGAUGAAUUCGAAGUCGGACAGGAGCUAGGUCGGAUGGAAUGUCUUUGCAAGUUUCAUAGAAAGUGCAUUCGCUCUUGGUGGGAUACUAAGGGUACGGGAAGUUGCCCGACCCAUCAACUUCAUGAUUGA